GCACUUCAAUCUAGAAAUGUUUAUCGCGCAGUAUGCCGACGAUUUAAGUCUCUCUUCGAUGUAAUUGUUGUUAAGUAUCAAAGUAGAUAUGGAUAGUGAGUUAUUAUUAAUAAAAGUUGACUAUUUUUUGGUGAAAUCGAUUGUAUAAAACGUUUAACAAAUGGAUAAAAAUUAUGAUAGCAUGCACAAGUGCAUUGACCCAAAACAGAAAAAUGUCGCGAAACGAUUGUUUAGAGUGACUACAAGAGCCCCCAGCGAUAAGGCUCUUAAUCAGCUCUUUAAGCAAAUAACAGAUAUAUCAGAACACCAAGACACGGAAAAGUUCUGGCAAGAAAAUAUCAUAAAGUGGCUAGUGGAGACAAUGGCGAUUGCAAAUACAUCGAAAAAUUUUCGGGACAACAUCAAAACGUUCGCUCUAAAGCUCUCUAUAUUCUCCUUAAAAGAUGCAACUAUGUUCAAAAGACUAAGCACGCAGAACGCGGUGGAAAGUAUCGUACAACUCGCCAAGAACCACGACAAAAUGUUGUACGUCGACCUAAUCGAUGCAUUUGUUGAACACCAAAAUGGAUUCAAUUAUGUUAAAGACGCCAAUUGUUGGGCCGAUAUACUUCAGCUAACAACUGAGAGUCAAAACGAAGGAAACCUCGUAGCGGCCACAAAAGGUUACAAUGCCAUCACAAAAUUAAUAGAACGAGCUGCAAUAUUAAACUUGGAGUUUUGCAACUUGGUCCUAAACAUAAUUAGUUUCCCCAUAGUGAACAUUCUUCAAUAUUUACCGGAAAGGAUCACCGUGUACUCGUCCGUGAAGGAAAUCGUGCUGGAAAGUCUCUACUACAAUAUAAUUUUUAACGCCGAAAUACUCGAACGCCUAUUGGAGCGCGCAAACUAUAACGUGCUUAAACUCUUUGCCGAAUUAAAAGUAAAAACAGCAUGCGAGAAGUUGUCGUUGAUAUCAAAGAACGAGAACUUCUCCAUAGAGGUGAACAAAAUAAUUGUUGUUCUGCUGCUGUGCCAGCUUGUUGAAACGUGCGACGGAGUUGAGGUUGCUGACCACGAGGUUUUGUUACGAGGUAUUCUAAGCCUAGUCAGGCGGGAAUUUGAAAAAGGUCACCUUAAAGCCUCCUGCAAAAUGUGUGGAUACGCUCAAAAAUGCUGGAUAUCUGUGCGGAAGAGAUUACCUAAAUAUUUGCAAAAUAGGCGGCUAAUUGAUUUGGAAUUCCAGCUGAUGGUGACCCAAUUGACGCCGCUAUUUUCUAUAAUUAAACGAAUAAAUCCGUCGACGACACGAAUUUACUUCAUGGAUGAAGAUCUGAAGGUAUGCUACAUGGUACAGGCUUGUCGAAAACUGAGCACUUUAUCGAUAUACCUAGGGUUUAAUUUGUUAGAUAUGAUGUUUAAUUUUCCCUUGUUCGAAACUGAACAUGUCGCUUUACAUACAAUGACGGAAACAAUGGAAUAUUACAGUCCAGAAUGCCUGGGCAUGUGUUUCGAAAUGCUCAUGUACUGCUUAAACGAGAUCAUGGACUACGUAAUUGGGGCUGCGCGAUCGGAAGUGCCGCUGAAAGAACAAAUCUUUAUCAAUCAUCUUCUCAAAUGUAUCAUGUCCUUCGUAGAAGCUUUCGAUUUGUCGUGGAGGCAUAGCGUCACCGCCGUAGACGUCGUAUCUUUGAUAAUCGAGUUCCUCAGCUACGAAAUGUGGACUACGGAAAUCACCGUGGCUGGUUUGAAAUUGCUCAAUUUGGCUUUACAAAAAAACAUGUCUCCGAAUUUGGUUCUCCUAAUCGACGCCUCUAGCGACUCAUCUUUGAUCGACAUCGGUCCCUUGCUGUACUCCAGUUGCCUUGACAGCAGUUGGGAAAUCAGGGACACGGCACUUAGCGUGUUGCUGACGGUUUUCGUUAAGGCCAAUAGUAAAUACCACAAACAUUUUCCCUGUCUGAAAGGUGUAUAUUCCGAAAUAGACCUUAUGAAUUGGGUCGCCACCAUGGCACUCGAUGACACCAACUUAAACGUUAGAGCCAGCGCUUUAAUAUGCCUUCAACAAAUGGCCGAAAUUGAGGAAGGCAUAUCCGAAGAUAUAUUCCAAUGUCACGGUGAAGUAUAUAACAUGCUAACAAAUGAACCCGAGCCGACUAUCAGAAAUGAAGCAGUGGUUUUAAUAAGCAAAAUCUACAAGAAUCGUAAUACUCCAGAAGAGGAUUUGUUGAAAAUAUACGCGAGUAUGGAACAGGUAGCCUGUACAGAUAAAGACGCCCAAGUGCAAUCGAACGCAAUCAGAUUUUGGGAAAUAGUCAUACAGAAGCAUUUAACAAAACAAGGAAUGGUUGAUGGCGAAUUUCCUGAAGUAACUUUUUCAAAAGAAUUGAAAAAAAUUGUCACGAUCACCGUCUACGAGAUUAAGAAGCGGCUGAUCGAUGCAUUGAACCAACUGAGCUAUAUUGGUUGUCUGGCGAUAUUCGUCGAUAUAAUUCAGAGCAAAGGAACUUCCCAGGAAGUCUUUACGACAGCUCUGGACGUAGUCACAAACUUUCACGAACUACUCAGGAAGUACCAAAUCACGUCUGAAGUUAUCGAAGAAAGUUUAACGACUUCGACGGCGUCCGAGAGUUUUGCAUCGUCGUCCGCUCAGUUUCAGCAAACCGAUCAACUAAUUGAUGAGAUAGUCAAUGAGAUAGAUUCCGAAGCCGAUCUUCUGUCCAACAUUGAUACCGUAAAUAACUACGAGGGCUUUCUGUCUCUACUUGACGUAGAAAAACUUGCAUCGACGAAUACGAAACGAUUUGUGACGCCCUACGAGUUCGUAGAUUUUCUUUACGAGACGUUACCAAUGAUAAUAGACGAGAAACGUCGCGAGUCGUCAGACUUCGAUUCGUUUACAGACGAUGAGGUUGAAGAUUAAGAUUGAAAUUGUGCUUAUUAAUAAAAAUUGUAUGUUAUAAAUUUCGACGAAACAUUUUAUAAAAUUGUAAAUAAAU